AUGCCCUAUGAGCCCCUUCCCUCUUUCUUCCCGAUCGCUCUAGACGAGGUGGAGGAGGAGGACGUGGUCGCACCUCCUGCUAUGCCCUAUGUCCCUACCUCGGUCCCCACCCCACCUCCGCCUUCAGUUUACCCUCGUGUGGUUCCCCCUGCCCCACCUUCUUCAUCCUCACCCCCCUUGGCUUCCCCUCCUCCUCCUAUUCUCCCCUCUCCCCUUCCACCCUCCAUCCCUCCUACACCUGCUCCACCCUCCUCUUCGUCUUCCACGGCACCGCCCGUUGGUGAGGGGGGGAUAGUGGUGCCGCCGUCCAUGGUGAUCACCGACGGGCAGCGCCUUGUGACUGAGCAGCUGCAGGAUGAGAGUAGUAUGGAUGGAGUGCAGCAGAGUGGGGGGAUGGAGAUAGGGGAACAGCAGAUAGAGGUGCAGCAGAGUGGGGAGCUGCAGAUAGGGGAGGAGCAGAUUGGGGACCAGCAGAUGGUGGACCAGCAGCCAGGGGAGCAGCAGACAGGGGAGCCGCAGACGGGGGAGCAGGAGAUGUGGGGAAUUAGAGAUGGUGGUCGUGUGUUGGUUUCUGGGACGACCACUGCACCACUGCGUCGCUCCACUCGCAUCACUCGUGGUGUCCCGCCUGAUUCUGGACGAUCCGCUCCCCCUCUCCCGAAGAUCAGCGUGCGCGAGAACUACAUAUGGUGUUUCGGGCGCCCGGCAGGCAUUUGCUCAUCCUCGUUCUCCCUUCUCCGCCUUCCCCUCUCCCGCAGGAUUCUCGACGACCCGUCCCUCCCGAAGAUCAGCGUGCGCGCGGCGUACAUAAUGGUGUUCGGGCGCCUGACGGCGGGCGAGCCGGAUAAGCACUUCUCGAACCGCGUCACGUUCACGUUGUUCCAGAACUUCAAGCAGCAGCGCGCGUCGUACGCCCUCCAGUUUUACAAGCCGUCGGAUCCUAACAACCCCCGAGAUCUGGGCCACAAGACGUUCGCCGUGGUGGGCGGACAGGUUGCGCUGUACGGCAUGCCGGGCGGCGGCAACACGCCGUCGUGGGUGCGCCUCACCGAGACGGCCGACGCGGGCGCGCGGGCGAUCUACGUGAACGCGGACGUGACGCGCUGGGCGCCGGGGAUGACCGUCGCGCUGGCGUCCACGUCAGCAAAUCUCAACGACGCGGAGCACCACGUCAUCACGUCCGUGUCGGUCGUCACGCCCGCGUCGGGACCAGGAAAGAGCGACGGGAGGUACAAAAUCAAUCUAAAGACAGCGCUUAAGAAGCGGCACGACGGCGUGAAGAUUUCGGACGGAGUGGGAGGGACGGUGGGGAUUUACGGAGAAGUCGCGCUGCUGGAUCGGCACAUCGUGAUCACCGGGAGCGACGAACCUGCGCCACAUCACUACGAUGCAGCUUCAUUGACAAUGUUGCCGCCGGCUCAGAAGAUUCCGGGUGAGCCUCCCCUCCCCUGCUCCCCUUCCCUUCCCAACCCCUCCCCAUCCCUCCCAACCCCUCCCCCUCCCGUUCCCCUUCCCGCCCCCUCCCGUUCCCCUCCUCUCGCCCUCUUUGAUGCCCUCUCCCUUUCCAUUGCCCCUCUUCCCACUUUCCAGCUCGCCACACCCUUCAGCCUCCUCUCCCUUCCCCUCCCUCCUCUAUGCUCCCUUUCCCAUCCAUGCUCCCCUGCGCCCUCUCCGAUCCGCUUCCUGUUCCCCCUUUCCCCUCCCUGCUCCCCUUCCCUCUCUCCGCUCCCCUUUCCUCCUCUCCCUUCCCCUCCCCCCUCUCCGCUUCCAUUCCCUAUUUCCGCUUCCCUUCCCCCUCUCCGCUUCCCUUCCCCCUCUCCGUUCCCCUAUCCCCUCUCCGUUCCCCUACCCCCUCUCCAUUUCCCUACCCCCUCUCCGCUCCCCUACCCCCUCUCCAUUUCCCUACCCCCUCUCUGCUCCCCUUCCCCCAUUGAAUCUCAUCAGUUGGCUCACUCCCCUCCUCCCUUUGUCCCCUCCUCCCCCUUCUCCCUCCCCAUCAGCUUCUGGCUAGAGGCCAACCCAUACAUGCGAGUUCUGUCCAAGCUUCUACCAGGCAUCGGCUCAACAGUUCCCUUCUGUUACAACUGGGGCACGUGGGACGGCAAGGCAACCAUGCCCACUCCAACACCCUCUUUGGAUUCCGCACCUACCCGCACGGGUUCCGGCCGCACUACCCGUCUGCACUUCUGGCUAGAGGCAAACCCAUACAUGAGGGGACUCUCAAAGCUCCUACCAGACAUCGGGUCAACGGUGCCCUUCUAUUACAACUGGGGCACGUGGGACGGCAACCAAGCUCACUCCAACGCCCUCUUUGGAUUCCGCACCUACCCCCACGGGUCCCGGCCGCACUACCCGUCUCCCUCCAAGAAUCCCCGCGUCUCCCUUAAGAACUUCCUCGUUUACCGCAACAAAGCAGGCGAGCGGCUGAUAGUGGAGAACGGGGUGUUUCUGGACAAUGGAAUCGGCAUCGACUUGAGCCGCAAUGCCGGUGUGCAAGCCAAGGGCUGCCGCUUCAUCGGCCGCUCCUCAUCCUCCUGCUCGUCCUCCAAUGCGGUCACAACAACCACAGCCCUUGCCACCACCACCGCCACUACCCAGGACACAUCCAACGGGUCAGAUGGCUCGAUCCCAUCAGAUGGGACCGUCACAGACAACAGCACCGCUGCCAACGCACCAACCCCACCACCCGGCAAUGACAGCACUGCUACCACACCUCCCAACGCCCCAGAUAAUUCCACCCUGCCCGGCAAUGACAGCACAGGUGCUGGUGGUGAUGGUGCUCCUCCCAACGACCCAGACAGCCCGGUCCCUGCCGGUCCCACCACUCUGUGGCAACCCUUCACUCUGCAGGCGUCGCUGGGACCUCUCGACCCGUAUGCAGACGACGGCAGCACUGACAGCAGCAGCGGCGACAGCGGCAGCAGCAACACCAGCAGCAGCAGCAGCAGCAGCAGCAGUGGCAAUAAAGCUCUUGAGAACGCUGGGAUGGCAGGUCCUGCCCAGGGUUCACCCAGUGGAGUGGUGGAUCCUAUGGGCCCAUCGAUGCAGGACCAAGCAGGGUCGUACGCAGCCCCGAUUGGCAUCGCGCUGAGUCAGAGCAACCCGCAGGAUCACCUCUACCCCAACUCUAUCCAGGACUCCUCCUUCCACCGUUUUGGCACGUGCAGCAGCAGCAGCUUAUUAUUCCUCAUUCUCCCCCUCCCCUCCCCACUUUGCGCGCCCAUCCUCCCCUUCCCCAGCUUCCACCACUUUGGCACGUGCAGCAGCAGCAGCUUUGGGAUCGCUCUUGUGGCCAAUAGGGCGGGCGGAUACUGGAACACUGCCAUGUUCGUUAAGUCAUCAGGCACGCCGCCCCGGGGGGGUCUGGUGGCACGAUUCUACGCCAUCCGGGACGUCGACGGGUCGCUCCUCGGCCAAUCAGGCUACGCCGUUGCCAACUACGACCCCAUCCUGCCGCCCGCCGCCGUCCGGGCGGCAAAGUGCGACUACAAGAGCGCCCUUUCAGCCUAUUCCUGCACCUCCGUGUGCUACCGGUCGGUCGGGCUAGAGUAUGACGAAUACGGGGCCACCAGCAGCACCGUUCUCCGGCCGUAUUCCUACCUGAAGAUAACACGAAUGGACGACGGCACCUUCUUUCACGCCUACGGAACGGACAACGAUGACCCCAAACGCAAGCCUUCUUCCAGCAAGAGGCGGUUUCUCACCGCCUCGCUUCUAGCCGGGUACACGUACCGGAUACAGAUUAUUGCCGCUGACACCAACAGCGACUUUUACCCGAGUAAAAUGCAGCUGAACGUGUUCGACUGGCAGGGGUGCUCUGGGAGUGUUCGUGUGGUUAUAGACUCGCCGAAUUCGAGCAGCAAGUGGCGGGCGGACGUGCCUACAGUGCCGUGCUCUGCUGCUAACGAGACAAAGGUUUAUAAGGAGUACGCUUGCGGGGAGGGGAAGUCGAGACUGAGGCUGGAUAUUGGGGCAAGCAGCAGCGGCAAGGCAGCGGUUGUGAUGGAGCUGAAUCAAGGUGUCAGCACCUCGUGCUCCUUAGACUCUGGUUGCUCCAGCAUCACUUCUGCUGCUCUCCCACCCCUCUCCAUCGCGCCUCUCGUUGACAGCGAGUCGGCCUUCUCCUCCACCGACCCGUUCUUCGACCCGGGCUUCUAUGCGGGCGGAGCUGUCGACCCCCACACGGUGCUAUGA